GAAUUAAACAUGCGAGGCUGACGCUUGUGUAAGCCAUUAUUAAAACAAUUUGCAGUGAUUCAGAGUGUACUUAUUUUUUAAUCAAACUUUAGGGUAGAUGCAUCUAUUAUUCUACUAAUACUUGUUUGUGACAUAACUCCUUUGAAAGUUUCUAUCUCGCUCGAGAUUCCUGUUCCAAGGAUUAAGAGAACCUACAGGAUACUCCAGUGUACUAAUUCUUUUUCCUGUGAAACAAUGAGUCGCGAAACAUGGUUCAUCUUUGUGUUAUUAAUGUCAACACAGUGUUUGAACGCAAGUUUACCUCAAACACCUGUGGUGUACACCAAUAGUGGACCAGUGCGUGGUUUGAUAUCACGUACCGUGUGGAACGAGGUUGAGUAUUCCUCUUUCAAAGGAAUUCCAUAUGCGAAACCACCCACUGGGAGUCUCAGAUUCAAGCCUCCAGUGCCAGUAAAGGCAUGGAAGCAGACUCUGAACGCUUUCCAAGAGGGAAGCGUGUGUCCUCAAAUGGACAUGAUCUCUGGUGACUUAAUGGGCAAGGAGGAUUGCUUGUUCCUGAAUGUGUUCACUCCCAAGACGCAGUUUGAAGAGCAACAGAACUUGAAAUCAGUUAUGGUCUGGAUCCACGGUGGAGGAUACAUGACUGGAUACAGCAAUGCAUCGAUGUACGGGCCUGACUUUUUUAUAGAAGAGGACAUUGUUCUAGUCAGUUUCAAUUAUCGCUUAGGUGCUCUCGGAUUCCUGUCCCUUGAUCAUCCACGAGCAACUGGUAAUGCUGGUUUGAAGGAUCAGAACCUGGUUCUGCGAUGGGUGCAGAACAAUAUUGCCAACUUCGGUGGCGAUCCACGGAAGGUGACGAUCUUUGGCGAGAGCGCUGGCGCUACCUCCGUGGGAUUUCACAUUUUAUCAGAAAAAUCUAGAGGCCUGUUCCUCCGAUCGAUCAGCAUGAGCGGGGUGCCUCUGUGUAUGUGGGCGUACCACACACCCCAAGAAGCCAUUAAUAAAGCUCACAAACUCGCUGCUAUUCUUGGCUUCGCGCCAAGGAGCAAAACCGAUUUGCUGAACUUCUUUCUUCGCGCUCCUGUGUCGGAUCUUGUUAUAGGAACGACGAAAGUGGAUCUGGACUACUUGCCCUUCAGACCAACAGCAGAGAAUUCUGCCAUUACUCCUUAUAACAGCGCGUUCCUGACGGAAUGUCCUCUGUUGAAGUAUUACAGUGGGAAGUUCUAUCAACAUUCCAUGAUGCUGGGGUUCACUCGAGACGAAGUCCUCCUGUUCACGGGCCCUGCGUUUGGCCCUUUAAACGCGACCGAAAAGAUGGUAAAUUCUUUAGAAAAUAGAAUCAAAGACAAUGGACACACUACCGAUGAAAACUUGGGACAUAUUGCGAUGUUGUUGGACAAAGUUGCUAACUUGACUAUUGCAGAAGUAGUGAAGCUUGGAACAGACUUCUUCUUCUGGAGUCCCAUCGACCUAACGCAAAGAAUAAUGGCGAAGUACAACCGUAAUCACCCUAUUUAUUAUUAUCGAGUAUCGUACCAGACGCAGUACUCCAUGCACGGACUGAACGGGAAUCCCCUAAACGGUACUGCUCACUUGGAUGAUGUCGGUUAUAUAUUCAACGUGAAAGAUUUGAACGCACCUUCCGAUCCCACGGAUCCCUUCAAUCAAUUUCGAAAGAGGAUGGUUACCCUGUGGGCCAACUUCGCCAAGUAUGGACACCCAACACCAAGAAACCCGAGUGGCACUGCCCUCAACGUGACAUGGACGAACUCUGGGGACUCUGGUUCGCAAUUGGACAUCAACGAAGUGUUCAGCAUGAAAGAUCGUUUAAUCGAUCGAAAGACGGAGGUCUUCGAGAAAUCUCUGCACGCUGUUCUGCCAAUUAUCAGUGGCUGCAGGCGCAAACCAGUGGAUUACAAAAGUAUUUUCUAACAUCGUUACGCUUAUCGCGCCUUGUGUGAAAUAAAAG